AACAGAACCAGACACAAACACUGAGUGCAACAGAACAUUUAUCAGACAGAAGAAUUUUAGUUCAUCAAAACAACUCAGCUUCAUUUCAUCCUCAUUCCUCAACCAUUUUCAUCUGAAAAUGUGUUGUUCAGUGUUGCUUCUUCAUAUCUUUUCACUCCUAGUUUUGCUCUUUAACAUAACAUGUGUAUGUGGAAAUGCUGAGCUUAGAGCUUUGAUGGACUUGAAAGCCACUUUGGAUCCUCAAGGCCAUUUUUUGUCUUCAUGGACUAUGAAUGGUAACCCAUGUGGUGGUUUCUUUGAUGGAGUGGCUUGCAAUGAAAAGGGUCAGGUUGCAAAUGUUUCUUUGCAAGGAAAAGGGCUUUCUGGGAGGCUAUCACCAGCCAUUGCUGAGCUGAAGCACUUGACAGGACUAUACUUGCAUUACAACUCUUUGUAUGGAGAGAUUCCAAGAGAAAUUGCAAACUUGACUGAGCUUAUUGAUUUGUAUUUGAAUGUGAAUCAUUUGUCUGGUGAAAUCCCUCCUGAGAUUGGCAAGAUGGAGAACCUGCAAGUUUUGCAGCUUUGUUAUAAUCAGCUAACAGGAAGCAUACCUACGCAGCUUGGCGGUUUGAAAAAGCUUAGUGUUCUUGCUCUUCAGUCAAACCAAUUAUCUGGAGCUAUCCCUGCUAGUUUAGGUGGUUUGGGAACUUUGAUGAGGCUAGAUUUGAGCUCAAAUUAUCUCUUUGGUUCCAUUCCCUCUAGAUUAGCUGAUGUUCCUACACUGCAAGUUCUGGAUGUUCAUAACAACACUCUCUCUGGGAAUGUGCCUCCAGCUUUAAAGAGACUAGAGGAUGGAUUUGUGUUUGAACACAACUUGGGGUUAUGUGGAGUUGGGUUUUCGUCCUUGAAAGCGUGCACAGCUUCUGAUCAUGUCAAUCUCACCAGACCUGAACCUUAUGGAGCAGGAGUUGGUGGUCUGUCUAGGGAUAUCCCAGAAACUGCAAAUGUAAAGUUGCCUUGCAAUACAACUCAGUGCCGAAAUUCAUCGAAAUCAAAACAAGCAACAUCUAUUAAAGUUGGCAUUGUUCUUGUUACACUUGCAUUAUCAGCAGUUGGUAUUCUGACUUUCACAAUGUAUCGUCGACGGAAACAAAGGCUUGGAAGUGCGUUUGACAUCUCCGAAGGGCGUCGAAGUACAGAUCAAGCCAAGGGUAUAUACAGGAAAAAUGGAUCUCCUUUGGUCAGCCUUGAGUAUUCUAACGGAUGGGACCCUUUGGCUGAUAGCAGGAAUUUCAAUGGAGAUAAGCAAGAUAUGUUCCAGAGUUUCAGGUUCAAUUUGGAAGAAGUGGAAUCUGCUACUCAGUAUUUCUCUGAGUUGAACUUGUUGGGUAAGAGCAACUUCAGUGCAACUUACAAAGGAGUUUUAAGAGACGGGUCCAUGGUUGCGGUUAAGAGCAUAAGUAAAACUAGUUGCAAAUCAGAUGAAGCUGAGUUUUUGAAGGGAUUGAACAUUUUGACUUCGCUGAGGAAUGAGAAUUUAGUGAGGUUGAGAGGAUUUUGUUGUUCAAGGGGACGAGGUGAAUGCUUCCUGAUUUAUGAUUUUGUUUCCAAUGGAAAUCUGACGCGCUACCUUGAUGUGAAGGAAGGUGAUGGAGAAGUCCUUGAAUGGUCAACUAGAGUUUCUAUUGUGAAAGGAAUUGCCAAAGGUAUAGCUUAUUUACAUGCAUACAAAGCAAACAAACCGGCUCUUGUUCAUCAAAACAUCUCAGCUGAGAAAGUGCUCAUUGAUCAGCGGCACAACCCGUUGCUUUCAGAUUCCGGCCUGUACAAGCUUCUCACCAAUGAUAUCGUCUUCUCUGCACUAAAGGGUAGUGCAGCAAAGGGUUACCUGGCUCCAGAAUACACCACCACCGGCCGCUUCACUGAGAAAAGUGAUGUUUAUGUAUUCGGGGUGCUUGUUUUCCAGAUCCUCACAGGGAAGCAGAAGAUCUCAAGUGCAAUGCGUGUUGCUGCAGAGUCCUUCAGAUUCCAAGACUUCAUUGACCCUAAUCUGCAUGGCAGAUUCUUUGAACAUGAAGCGGCUAAACUAGCAAGAAUGGCUUUACUUUGUUCCCAUGAGUCUCCUUUUGAGAGACCAAGCAUGGAAGCCAUAGUUCAAGAACUAGGUAAUUGUAGUAGCUGUCUCUGAUUUGAGUUUUAAUUACUUUAACCAUCAUCAUCACCAGUUUUCUAUUGUUUGGCCACUGGCUCAUGGUCAUGGUGGUGGUGAUGACUUUGUAAGGCUUUGACAUUUUUAUGUGUCCUUAACUAAGGAUUAGCUUUUCAUGUGAAUGAAUGUCUUGGACAUUAGGUUGUAGCC